UUGAGAGCCCGUUUACCCUUUUCCCUCUCUCGCCGCCCCAAUCUCUUCUUCUUUCUACGCAUUACACUCUGCUACUUCCUCAUCUUCAAGCUGGCUAUCGAGAAUCAGGAAGCUACUGUCCGAGAAAUCAAGCCUAAGAGCAGAAGAAUCAUGGGCGCUGGAGGACCUGAGGAUGAAGAUAAUAGAUGGCCGCCAUGGCUGAAACCUCUGCUUCGAGAAAGAUUCUUUGUUCAAUGCAAGUUCCAUGCCGAUUCCCACAAGAGUGAAUGUAAUAUGUACUGUUUGGAUUGCAUGAAUGGCGCCUUAUGUUCUCUCUGUCUCGCUUAUCACAAAGACCAUCGCGCUAUUCAGAUUAGAAGGUCCUCAUACCACGAUGUGAUAAGGGUAUCGGAGAUUCAGAAAGUCCUCGACAUUACCGGCGUCCAAACCUACAUUAUUAACAGCGCCAGAGUCGUAUUCUUGAACGAACGCCCUCAGCCUAGGCCCGGCAAAGGCGUCACCAACACCUGUGAAGUCUGCGAACGCAGCCUCCUCGAUUCUUUCCGAUUCUGCUCUCUUGGCUGCAAGAUUGUGGGAACAUCGAAGAAUUUCGAGAAGAAACCGCGAGUGAUGGGGGGGUCGGAUUCCGAGGAUUCGUGUUACAGCAGUAGCAGCCAAGGAAGAGCGAUGAACAAAAACAAGAACAAAGUGGUGCAGAGCUUCACGCCGUCAACGCCACCCCCAACUUUGGUCAGUUACAGAACGGCGAAACGACGAAAAGGGAUUCCACAUAGAGCUCCAAUGAGUGGACUCAUGAUCGAAUAUUGAAAAAAGAAAAUCAUCAUCAAACCCUUUUUUAUUUAAAAGAACAUCGCUGCAUCCUGUACUUUCCCUAAUUUGAACACCGAGAUGAUGCUCUACUCAUAUAAUGUAGUUUUGGAUUGGGCUCGCUGCAUCUGUUGCUGUUGGUCGUGGUCGGAGGAGAGGCCGUGGAAAUAAGUAAAAGGCGAGGGACUUGAUUGCAAAAGGGGAAAAAGAUUGUGAGUUGUGUUCUAUAGAAGUAGAAGAUAAUUAUGAAAAUAGGAAGGACGGUGCUGAUUAGAAGUUUAGUUAUACUUGAGUUUUGGGUUUUUAUAGAUGUGAAUAUUGUUUUUUCUUUUUAUAAAUUUUAAUGUUUUUAUUUUA